GCAUAGUUCCCGGAAACGAGUUGUAUGGGGCGGCGCCGUUCCUUGUUCGCCAUACUUGCACAGGGAAGAGCAACAGAAGCACUUAUUCUGCUAGCGCCUGGGGAAAAAACAGCAGGAAAACGACAUGGCUGAGGACGAUUUGACUCCGGAGCAGCUAGCAGCCAUCGCUGCAGAGAACGACGUAGGUGAGACGGUCAACUACAAGCCCCCGGCCCAGAAGACCCUGCAGGAAAUCCAGGAGCUGGAUCAGGAUGACGAGAGCCUCCGGAAGUACAAGGAGGUUCUGCUAGGAGCCGGCGCUGCUGCUGUCGCUGAUCCCAGCGUUCCCAACGUCCAGGUGACACGGUUGACACUGAUGUGUGAGACUGCCCCGAACCCACUGACCCUUGACCUGCAAGGAGAUCUGGAGGCCUUUAAGAAGCAGUCCUUUAUCCUGAAGGAGGGAGUGGAGUACAGAAUAAAGAUCAGCUUCAAAGUGAACAAGGAGAUUGUCUCGGGACUCAAGUAUGUCCAGCAGACCCACAGGAAAGGAGUGAGAAUUGACAAGUCGGACUACAUGGUGGGGAGCUAUGGGCCAAGGCCGAACGAGUACGACUUCCUGACCCCGCUGGAGGAGGCUCCUAAAGGCAUGCUGGCCCGCGGCACCUACAACAUCAAGUCCAAGUUCACCGAUGACGAUAAGCACAACCACCUUUCUUGGGAGUGGAACCUCAACAUCAAGAAAGACUGGAAAGAUUAAGAAAGAGGCCUUCAAAACCAAACCCCACAACCAUGUCCCCAUUUCACCAUGAGUUUAUUUUCUUGUACUUCAUUCCAUCCUCAUGCCUUCAAUCUUCAUUCUGACCUUUCCGCUUCAUUCCGACCCUUCCAUCCCUCUCUCUUUUUUCCCCAUUUAUCCGUCUGCAUUAGUAGCAGCAGCAGACGCAACGCCCCCCUCUGUCCGUCCAUCCCUUCUCUGCUUUCAUUGGUUGCACAAAAUCCACCAUCAUUGAUUCAAUGCCUUCAACCUGCCAAGAAUUUGGUUAGGACUGACUAUUGUAUGAAUAAUAGUAUACUGUGGCUUUGUUCAUGUCACUGUUGAUAUUAAUCAGCUUUUAUGGUCAAUCCUUCCCCGACAUCAUUUCCUUUAGCAUUCCUUUGCCUGCCUCCUUGCUAGUUUAUUUUUAUUUUUUAUAUAUAUAUUUUACCAAGACCUGCCUUGUUAAAGAUAUUCUCCUGUACUCUUGUAUUUUUUUGCCAGUAGUUAUGAAAGUAGCACCCACGAUCCAAAAGUGGUCUCUGAAAAUCGCAUGUCACAAAUAUGUGCACUAUGACAUUGCUCUCGUUCUACUGUGUGUGUGUGCGUCUUGUUAGCCGUCACUCAAAUGGUGAGGGGAUGAAACUCAAAUUACUAAGGGGCUUGCCCAAGUGGGGCUUAAUGUAGGGGUUAAACAUUUCUAGAGCAUGUCUUUUUAAACCUACAGUGAAAUAAUGAGAUGCUUUACUUCAGCUCCUCCUACCC